AUGAGACUGUGCGUCGAUUACUGGGGAUUGAACAAGAUAACCAUCAAGAACCGGUAUCCUAUCCCACUGGUGAGCGAAAUAAUGGAUCGACUGUCGAAAGCGAAGGUCUUCACUAAGCUGGAUCUACGUGACGCCUAUCACAGGCUCCAGAUCAAGGAGGGCGAUGAGUGGAAGACCGCGUUCAAGACGCGAUACGGUCAUUUCGAAUACCUGGUCAUGCCGUUCGGGCUGGCCAACGCACCAGCCACGUUCCAAUCCUAUAUCCACCGAGCCCUAGGAGGCUUACUAGAUAGGAUCUGCGUGGUGUACCUGGACGACAUCCUUAUCUAUUCCCAGAACGAGGAGGACCACGACAAGCACGUUGAGGAGGUCCUAGAUUGUCUGGUUGAGUGGGGGAUGUUCGCGAAGGCAAGCAAAUGCGUCUUCUCUAGUAAAUCAGUGGAGUUUCUGGGAUUCGUUAUCACCCCAGACGGUGUGGUAAUGGACCCUAAGAGGGUCCGUACCAUCACCGAAUGGCCUGAACCAUCCAGUUAUAAGGAUAUUCAAGUGUUCUUAGGCUUCACUAACUUUUAUUAGCGAUUUAUAUUUAACUAUUUAGAAAUUGUCCAGCCGCUCAUCGACCAUAUGACGGCCGCCCAGCGCCCGGAGGAGGACCGGGGGGUCCCCGGUCAAGAAGAGGGGGGGGCGAAACUGAAGAAGAGUUAG